ACCACGCCGCGGCCGGUUUCAGACGCGCUUUUCCAACCAUUCUCCGCUGUGUACGGUUGGUGUGCUGCUGGACAGGAUUCGGAUUGAACUUUUAAGUUUAGUGUUUUUUUUCGGGGGGAGAGCUUGCAAGAGAAAGAGAGAAAGAGCUGAAAUUUAGUGCUUUUUUCGGAGAAGAGAGUUUUUUAUUUACGUCAGGUUGACCACGUUGAAUCGGCAGUUUGGAAGAUAUUGUGUGUAGUGCGCCAAAGUGUGAGAUUUAAACGAAUUUCAUUGAAAUUGUGCAGUGUCAAAUCGCGAAAUAACGAAUAUAUUUCUCCAAAGUGUACACCAGUUUAGUGUCAAAUUAUUGAAUAAGCUGAUUUAUAAAAAGUGCAAACUGAUUUGCUGAAGCAAACACAAAAAUUGAGCUGUGCUCAAUACUUGGAUUCGAGAUUCUUGUUUCUUUUCUUAAGACAGUUGGCUGAGUGGCCACCGCCGCCGCCACCGGGCUAGGAUGCGGAUAGGACCGUCCAUGUGGUGGGCGCCACUGGUGCUGGUGGCGUCCCUGGCAACCCUCGUCUCCACCGCCGACAUCCUGAUGAUCACGAUGGGCGGCACCAAGUCACACAAGAUCCCGUUCUGGGAGCUGGCCAAGGGCCUGAUACCGAGGGGCCACAACAUCACCUUCAUGAGUGCCUUUCCGGCGGACUUUUCCCUCGAGGGCCUCCAGGAGAUCACCCCGUCCGGGCUGGUCGAGUACGUGCGCAACUACACCAACUGGGACCUGAUCGGGACGCGGAUGCGGGGCGAGUGGCCCCUCUCGAUGUGGGACACGUUCCGGUACUCGUGGCAGCUGUGUGACGCCACCCUCGAGGACAAGGAAACGCUGGACAUCCUGGGCCGGAAGUUCGACUUGCUCAUCCUGGACGGAGCCUUUCCGGAGUGUGCGCUCGGGUUGGCGUACCGGCUGGGGGCGCCGUACAUGUACAUCAACACGGUCGGGUUCUACACCGGGACGCUGAGUUUGGCGGGAAAUCCCGGACCGUACUCGGUGACGCCGAUCUUUUUCCGGCCGUUCACCGACGAGAUGGGCUUUUUCGAUCGGAUUGGGAACCUGGGCUACCACCUGAUGCUGCAGUCGGUGUUUAUGCCAGCCAUGACCGUGCUGCAGGCCGUCGUACGGCGUCACCUCGGUUCGGACAUUCCGAACCUGCUGGACAUGUCCCGGAACGUGAGCUUCAUCCUGCAAAACGGCCACGCCGUGCUGAGCUACCCGCGGGCAAAUCUUCCGAACGUGGCCGAAAUCGCGUGCAUCCACUGCAAGCCGGCCGGACCGCUGCCCCAGGAUCUGGAGGACUUUAUCGCCGGUGCGGGCGAGUCCGGCUUCAUCUACGUCUCGAUGGGUUCGUCCGUGAAGGUCGCCAACAUGCCGGACCGGUUGCGCCAACUGCUGGUCCAAUCGUUUGCCCGGCUGCCCUACCGGGUGCUCUGGAAGUACGAAGCGAACGCGUCCAUGUUGAACGACCUGCCCUCGAACGUGAUGCUCGGCCGGUGGCUGCCCCAGCAGGACAUCCUUGGCCACCGGAAGCUGCGGGCUUUCGUCACCCACGGAGGGCUGCUCAGUAUGUUCGAGACGGUCUACCACGGAGUUCCGGUGGUCACGAUGCCGGUGUUUUGUGACCACGAUGCGAACGCGGCCAAGGCCGAACGGGACGGCUACGCAAUCGUGCUGGAGCUGGAAACGCUGACCAGUGACCAGCUGGUGCGGGCCAUCCACCGGGCGAUCCACGAUCCCAAGUACCGGAAUGAUGCGAGGUACCGCCAAAUGCUGCUUAAGGACCAAAGAAAUACCCCACUGGAGACGGCCAUCUACUGGACCGAGUACGUGAUACGACACAACGGAGCGUACCAUCUGCAGUCGCCGGCGAGAAAUCUAACCUUCUUCACCUACUACGGUCUGGACAUGAUCUGCUUCUUCCUGGCCGCGGGCUACGUGGCCCGCUAUCUGCUCAAAAGGGCAGUUCGACCGCAAAUCAUCCAGCAUCUCACGAAGGAAAAAGUACACUAGCGAAAAAUAAGCUUCGAUCGAACCAUGAUAUCUACCACAAAUCUACCAACGCCAAACAACUCCACCACGAAGCCAAAAUUGUAGUCGUUGAAGUCGCAACGUUGAAGGGAACUUGCGAAGGAAAAAGUCGCUGGAAAAGUUGGGUGCAAUCCGAGCUAGUUUCAGUUUCAGAACUGAGCUAAGUUUUUUUUCUCUAUUUUUAAGUGCUGGAAAUUUGGUCUACCUAAAAAGCGAAAUUCAAAGUCGCAUUUUGAUUGUGAUAAAAGUGUAAGGUUUCGCCGAAGGCAAAAAGUUUUAGCAUAUGUGUAUAAAAUAAAUUCUUAGCAACGUAAGCAAAUUUUGGGUGAUGCAAGGUUUCUCUCCUCUCCAACUAUUGAACAAAACAAAACUUCCAACUCUUCUUAGGGAACUCUGCACACGUGUACACCGCAGAUGUCGUCAGACAAGAGUGUUAGACUUUAGGUUAGCCGCUAGAACUGUACUAAUUUAUUUGUCCCUGUUGAGCAGUUCUCUAGGAUUUCGGUCAUUCGAUUUUUUUUGUAUUUUUUAAUCCGACUGAAACUUUUUUGGUGCCUUCGGUAUGCCCAAAGAAGCCAUUUUGCAUCAUUAGUUUGUCCAUAUAAUUUUCCAUACAAAUUUGGCAGCUGUCCAUACAAAAAUGAUGUAUGAAAAUUCAAAAAUCUGUAUCUUUUGAAGGAAUUUUUUGAUCGAUUUGGUGUCUUCGGCAAAGUUGUAGGUAUGGAUACGGACUACACUAGAAAAAAAUAAUACACGGUAAAAAAAAUUUGGUGAUUUUUUUAUUUAACUUUUUGUCACUAAAACUUGAUUUACAAAAAAACACUAUUUUUAAUUUUUUUUAUUUUUUGAUAUGUUUUAGAGGACAUAAAAUGCCAACUUUUCAGAAAUUUCCAGGUUGUGCAAAAAAUCAUUGACCGAGUUAUGAAAUUUUUAAUCAAUACUGAUUUUUUCAAAAAAUCGAAAUUUUGGUCGUAAAAAUUUUUCAACUUCAUUUUUCGAUGUAAAAUUAAAUUUGCAAUCAAAAAGUACUUUAGUGAAAUUUUGAUAAAGUGCACCGUUUUCAAGUUAUAGCCAUAUUUAAGUGACUUUUUUGAAAAUAGUCGCAGUUUUUCAUUUUUUAAAAUUAGUGCACAUGUUUGCCCAGUUUUGAAAAAAAUAUUUUUGAAAAGCUGAGAAAAUUCUCUAUAUUUUGCUUAUUCGGACUUUGUUGAUACGACCUUUAGUUGCUGAGAUAUUGCAAUGCAAAGGUUUAAAAACAGGAAAAUUGAUGAUUUCUAAGUCUCACCCAAACAACCCACCAUUUUCUAUCGUCAAUAUCUUAGCAACUAAUGGUCCGAUUUUCAAUGUUAAUAUAUGAAACAUUUGUGAAAUUUUCCGAUCUUUUCGAAAAAAAUAUUUUCAAAAUUUUCAAAUCAAGACUAACAUUUCAAAAAGGCCAAACAUUCAAUAUUACGCCCUUUUAAAAUGUUAGUCUUGAUUUGAAAAUUUUGAAAAUAUUUUUUUCGAAAAGAUCGGAAAAUUUCACAAUUGUUUCAUAUAUUAACAUUGAAAAUCGGACCAUUAGUUGCUGAGAUAUUGACGAUAGAAAAUGGUGGGUUGUUUGGGUGAAACUUAGAAAACAUCAAUUUUCCUGUUUUUAAACCUUUGCAUUGCAAUAUCUCAGCAACUAAAGGUCGUAUCAACAAAGUCCGAAUAAGCAAAAUAUAGAGAAUUUUCUCAGCUUUUCAAAAAUAUUUUUUUCAAAACUGGGCAAACAUGUGCACUAAUUUUAAAAAAUAAAAAACUGCGACUAUUUUCAAAAAAGUCACUUAAAUAUGGCUAUAACUUGAAAACGGUGCACUUUAUCAAAAUUUCACUAAAGUACUUUUUGAUUGCAAAUUUGAUUUUACAUCGAAAAAUGAAGUUGAAAAAAUUUUACGACCAAAAUUUCGAUUUUUUGAAAAAAUCAGUAUUGAUUAAAAAAUUCAUAACUCGGUCAAUGAUUUUUUGCACAACCUGGAAAUUUCUGAAAAGUUGGCAUUUUAUGUCCUCUAAAACAUAUCAAAAAAUAAAAAAAAUUAAAAAUAGUGUUUUUUUGUAAAUCAAGUUUUAGUGAUAAAAAGUUAAAUAAAAAAAUCACCAAAUUUUUUUUACCGUGUAUUAUUUUUUUCCAGUGUAGUCCGUAUCCAUACCUACAACUUUGCCGAAGACACCAAAUCGAUCAAAAAAUUCCUUCAAAAGAUACAGAUUUUUGAAUUUUCAUACAUCAUUUUUGUAUGGACAGCUGCCAAAUUUGUAUGGAAAAUUAUAUGGACAAACUAAUGAUGCAAAAUGGCUUCUUUGGGCAUACCGAAGGCACCAAAAAAGUUUCAGUCGGAUUAAAAAAUACAAAAAUUAAAAUUGAAGAAAAAAGACCGAUUUCGUAGAGAAUUGCUCUGUUAUUUUUUUAAAUCCUCCUCCCUCUCCCAGUUUAAAAAUCACCUCGCGUGACUGUUUUGAGUGUAACAGUUUUUCCAAUGUACGAUGAGGGUGUUUUUUUUUUCAAUCUCACAUUCGUAGGGAAAUAUUCUCUGAAUUAUCAACGAGCUCGAUGCUAAAUCAAAGAAUAUUGCCCUAUGGCUUCGUGUAGUCGCUUUUUAUUAGUUUUAAAGUGCCUGUACAGAUCGUCGCUGGUGAGGUUUUCACAUUGAACUUGUACAUAUUUGAGUUAAGACAAUAAAAAGUAUGAUUCCA